CCAUGGCGCGGACUCUUACAAGCUGGUUGGGCGGCUGCCUGCUGGUGUCAGCAUUAGGAAUGGUGCCUCCUCCAGAAAAUGUCAGAAUGAAUUCAGUUAAUCUCAGGAACAUCCUACAGUGGGAGUCUCCUGCUUUUCCCAAAGGAAACCUGACUUACACAGCUCAAUUCCAAAGUUACAACAGCUUCCAAGAUACAUGCAAGAGUACUGCCUUGACAGAAUGCGAUUUCUCCCAUCUUUCCAAGUAUGGUUACCAUACCUUGCGAGUCAGGACUGAAUUUGCAGAUGAGCAUUCAGACUGGGUAAACAUUACCUUUUGUCCUGUGGAUGAUACUGUUAUUGGACCUCCUAGAAUGCAAGUAGAAGUUCUUGCUGAUUCUCUACAUAUGCGUUUCUUGGCCCCCGAAGUUGUGAGUGAACCUGAAACAUGGACCAUGAAGAACUUUUAUACCUCAUGGGCUUAUAAUGUGCAAUAUUGGAAAAAUGGCACCAAUGAAAAGUUUCAAAUUACUGCUCCAUAUGAUUUUGAAGUCCUCCGGAAUCUGGAACCAUGGACCACUUACUGUGUUCAAGUUCAAGGAUUUCUUCCUGAUCGGAACAAAACUGGGGAAUGGAGUCAGCCUGUCUGUGAGCAAACAACCAAGGAUGAAACUACCCCCUCCUGGAUCAUUGCCAUCAUCCUCAUCGCCUCGGUUUUCAUGGUCUUCCUUGUGCUUCUUGGCUGCUUUGCCUUGAUGUGGUACAUUUAUAAGAAGACAAAGUACAUCUUUGCCCCUGGACAUUCUCUUCCACAGCACUUGAAAGAGUUUUUGGGCUACCCACAUAACAGCACCCUGUUGUUUUUCUCCCUCCCACCCUCUGAUGAGGAUGAAGUGUUUGACAAACUCAGUGUCAUUACAGAAGACUUAGAAAGCAGCAAGCAGAGUCCUGGUGACAGCUGCAGCCCUAGGACCUCGGCUCAGCAGGGAUCCCUAGAGCCAGUCUCUGAGGAGGAAACAGUCCACCAGGCACAGUGGACCCCAGUUCUCAGGUCUGCCUCUGAGGAGGACGAAAGUGCCAAACAAGGGCUGAGGCCCUCUGAGCAAACCCCAACUCUAGAACUCUCGGACGUUGGACAUAUCUGA